AUGGCGCCCCUACGACAUAUUGUGAGCGUGCUCUGCAUAUAUUUUACCCUCCCUUCGGCCAAUGCGCUGGCGCUGCGGUCGCAGGGCAUCCUUGCGCCCUUAUCUACGCAUGGAGAAACCCCCCUCAACGAGACAACCGAGCCACCAGAGUUCCCCUUCCUUGAAUUCUCGGUCUCGCCGCCAGAGACAUCCAGUUCGGCGCGACAAACGCGGCGAGAUCUGGUGUAUGCUUUGAAUGUUAUGCAAGAUGAUUACUUCGAACUGUGGCAGGGAACGUGGCCAACGGCUAUCGACUGGACCGCUGCGGUUAUGGGUACGCACGUCUCGGGCACGCUCUCGUCGCUAACCUCCGCCAUCGAAUACCUCUUGCCGUCGAAUAUACCUGUGGAUAUGAACAUGGACGUUAUACAUACGCCGACGAUUGACCGGCACGGUCAGGCUUUUGAGAACCUUAUCAAUCACUUCUUCGAUCAUACAACGGCCUUUUACUUUGGCGAAGAUGAAUUUGCAGUGAGAACGCAAGCCUUCGACGAUAUGCUGUGGAUAGUUUUAGAGUGGCUAGAAAGCAUCAAGUUACAGGUAUUACAUUCGGAUCUGCACUAUCGGGGAUCCUCGAGCUCGAGCUCCCACACCAAGGAUAAGCCUCAUUGGCACGGGCUUCAAUAUCAGAUCCCAGCAGCUCAUCGGUCGCGGCUGUUCUAUGGUCUUGCGUCUGCGGGGUGGGAUGUCUCCCUCUGCGGAGGUGGAAUGAUCUGGAGUCCAUAUUUGACACCUUACAAAAAUGCCAUCACCAAUGAAUUGUAUAUCUCUGCGAGCAUCGGGAUGUACCUAUACUUUCCCGGCGACCCCAUUGACUCGCCCUUUAUGAUGGAAACCCAAGAUGACGGUGUCUGGUCUGAUGGUUAUCCUCAUGAUUCGGCUCAUCUACAAGCAGCCAUUGAUGGAUACAGAUGGCUCAACAGCUCCAAUAUGACGGGGCCCGGUGGGCUCUACGCAGACGGAUUCCACGUCAGCGGAUAUGAGGACACCGGGCAUCCCGGCACACGCAAGUGCGAUGUUCUCAACACGAUGGUGUACACCUACAACCAAGGCGUGAUCCUCAGCGGGCUCCGGGGCCUAUGGUUAGCCACUGAAUCGCCGCAGUAUCUGGACGACGGACAUGCACUGGUCCGCAAAGUUCUUCGAGCCACGGGAUGGCCUAAUAAAUCCAGCAACCAGUGGCAAGGUCUUGGCCGGGGAGGCGUCCUAGAGGAUACAUGUGAUUCGUCCGGCGACUGUUCCCAAGAUGGACAAACGUUCAAAGGAAUCUUCUUCCAUCAUCUAGCAGAGUUCUGUCGACCCCUUCGACCGCAGGAGUGGCGCUUCUUGGCUAGUGCUAACCGGACGACCGCAGAAGGGAGCGACUGGCACAAGGAAUACGAGUGGCACCAAGCACGAUGCCAGACCUACGGGCCCUGGGUCAAGCAUAAUGCGAAGGCUGCUCUGGUAACUCGAGAUCCCAACGGCAAGUUUGGAACCUGGUGGGGCAGGCCAUAUGGGGAGUCCGUGAACGCCUUGACUUACGGAAGUCCUCUGCCUGCGGGAGCGGUCGACUAUCGUAAUAACGGCGACCGUGCAGAAGGCUCAGUGUUGUUCCACGGUCGACCAGGCAAUGCCAAUCAACCGUCUGGUGUGACCGAACAAACACCGUUGACCGAGUCGUCGGAUAUCACAGACAUGCAACGAAACGAUCCAAAUGACCGAGGCCGCGGCCGUACGGUAGAAACGCAGUCCGGCGGAGUAGCGGUACUGCGGGCGUUAUAUCAAUGGCAGAGCUUUCCCUUUCUGUCUGGAAGCGGACUAUGA